CUUUGGUGACGGGAGAACAAUCUGGCGCUCUAGUGCGCAUCGGAUCACUGUGGUGAAGCAUUCUGUUGCGCACGCGGGCCAUUCCAGCGGAGAUCCGGGUGUCUCAUCAGCUUAAGAUUGGCAUCGCCGAAGACCCCGUGGGCGUAGGAGGUCUCGUGUAGGACAGCUAGCCAGCAGAGAUGGACUCCCAGAUGUACCAGAAUCUGCGGCGGCUGAUCAAUGUCGUGGUACGAACGCUGACUGACGGCCAGGGGAGAGGCGGAAAGAAACACGCUCCAGCAUGUGUGUGUGGCUGCUGCUUGUGAUGUGACGUGCAGGACGAGCUGCGAGACGUUGGGCUGCAGCAGUACAUCAACCUCCCCCGGAUAUGUGUGGUCAGCACAUGCAACAAACACGCACUGAGACUCACGCACGUACAUGCAUCCUCCAUCUCUCUCUGUGUGUGGUGGCUUAUCAGGUUGGUACCCAGAGCAGCGGCAAGAGCAGCGUGCUCGAGUCGAUAGUGGGGAUGGACUUCUUGCCGCGCGGCGAGGGCAUCUGCACUCGACGACCACUCGAACUCAGACUCGUGCACCUCUCCGAAUGUAUGUGUGUGAGCUGAGCUAGAUGGAUGGAUGACAACAAGCCAGGCAGCCAGUGUCGACUGAUGGCAUGCCGUGUGCACAUGGUCUGUGUGUUGUCUUGUGUGUGCAGCUGAGCACAAGUUGGAGGAGGCCUGGGCGCUGUUCGAGGGCACCCAGAAGAAGUACACCCACUUCGAGCAGGUCCGCGGCGAAAUCGAACGACUCACCGACGAAGUCGCAGGUCAGCAAACGCAGUAAUCACGGAGGCGUCCAUGGACACCCGCACGCAUCACCCUGCCCUGUGUGUGUGUGUGUGUGUGUGUAUGCAGGAAAGAACAAGGGCAUCGUUGACGAGCCGAUAGUGCUGACGGUGUAUGCGACGCAGUGCCCCGACCUCACCCUCAUUGACCUGCCCGGCAUCACACGGGUGCCCAUGAAGGGCAGCGACCAAACAGACGAUAUUGAGGUCACACACACACACAACGCACCAUCAGGCCAGGCGGGCUUCGUGCAUGUGGGCUGGGUGAUUUUCUCCUCCUCUAUGUGCAGAAACUGACGCGUGAGAUGGCGCUGCGCUAUGUGCGCGACCCCAGGACCAUCAUUCUCGCCGUCAUGGCCGCCAACGCAGGUGCGGCGCCUAUCGCAUCUGUGAAAGUAACACCAUGGCGGCACUCGUUGAUGGGCAUGUGGUUGUGGUCUCUGCAGAUUUGUCGACGUCGGAUGCCCUCCAGCUGGCGCGCAAGGUGGACCCAAAGGGUCUGCGGACCAUCGGAGUCAUCACAAAGGUGAGGGAGGGGAACAUACAUGCCAGGAGAGAGAGUGACAUUGACAAGGAGUGCAAGGAGCGGUGUCCGUCUGUCGUCUGUCUGUCUGCUUUCUGCUUAGAUUGACCUGAUGGACCGCGGCACCGACGCCACCAAGAUGCUCCUGGUACACCACAUCGCUAGAUAGAUGGCUGGCACAACGGAAAGAGGAAUCCAUCUGCCUGCUUGCAUUGGCUGCGUGUGUGAUGGUGUAGGGUGAGGAUGUGCCUCUGCGUUUGGGUUACACUGGUGUCAAGAACCGCAGCCAGGCCGACAUCAAGGGCGGCAAGAAAGUCAGAGAGGCACUUGAGGUCGGCUACCAGCACCACAACGCAUAACCGCAGACCGAUCAGAUCUGUGCUGAUGCUGUCGUUCCUGCGUGCAUUGCAGGAGGAGAAGACUUUUUUCCAGAACCAUCCCACCUAUCGCGCACUGCCCCCACGUAACCAACACACACAAGAUACGAUACCCGCCAUGGAAUGCAUGCUGUCGCGCCUGCCUGCAGAUUACCUGGGGUCCCGCUCGCUGGUCGACAAGCUGACCAAGGUCCUCUUCCGGCACAUCCGCAACUUCCUCCCAGAGAUCAAACGAGAAAUCAAGUACACCGCCACACACGCGGAAGAAGCCUCCCAAGUGCAUCCUUCACUCGUGUGUGACAAUGUGUGUGUGUGGUCAGCAACAAGGCUCGUUCCGUGAGUAUGCGUCUGGACGAGUUGGGCGAGGGCGUGCCUGUGGACGUGGCUGAGCGGGUGCAGCUCAUGUGGACCAUGAUCACCGACUACUGCGAGAUAUUCAAAAACACCAUCAGGGGCAAAUUCGACCGCAAACUCCAAAACUACUUCGAACACGUCAGCAACCAACCGACACACACACACACACAAGGCCGCAUCGGUGUCCACCCAUCGUGUGUGCGCAUCUCGUGUGUGUGUGUGAGUGCAGCAAGAUCUGACUGGGGGUGCGCAGAUCCGCACCAUCUUCAAUGACCUGCUGGAGGAAUACGUCGAAAAGGACGUCACGGCCGACAUGACGGUCCGUACCAACACAGAGAGACACACAGAGAGAGAGAGGAACAGGCGACAGCUGACAUCCAUUGCCCUUGUGUUUGCUGGUUCAGGACUACGACAUUGACAGCGCCAUCCGCAUGCACGAGGGCGACUCGAUCCCGGGCUUCCCCUCGCCCGACACGUUCGAGUAUCUGAUCCUGCCGCACCUCAGGAAGGUCCACGCACCCGUACUCGAAUGCCUCGGUCGGUGCCCCAGACAGACGCCACACACAGACAGACAGACGGCUGCCAUCGUUCUGUCCGUGUUGCUGAUGGUGUCUUGUCUUGUCUUGUCUUGUUUGGUUGCAGACCGGGUGUCUCAGACGCUGGAGCUGUUGUCGCAGAAGAUCGCCAACAGGGUCUUCUCAAGAUUCCCAAAACUCGCCGAACAGGUGGAUCUGUGGAUGAAGGGCCAUAUGGCGUCUCGUCUUGUGUGUUGUCAAAUUACAUGUGUCUGUGCGUCACUCACUCAGGUGUUGGAGCAGACGCAGACCAUCAUGCUGCGCGAGAAGGACACCGUCAAAACCAUACUCGAAAACCUGGUCGCCGCUGAGACCGGUGAGUGGGCGGGGACACAGACAGCAUCGAGAGAGUGGGCUUGCCGUGAGUGAACCGCUGUGGUGUGUGCGCGUGUGUGCAGGUUAUCUGUUCACCAACGACUCCAAGUACCUGAUGGACCACGGCAGCAUGCUCCCCAUGCACAACCAAGGUCAGCCAGCCAGCCAGCCACCACACACACAAACCGCCUCGCCCUCCAGUAUGUAUAUCACGUAUGUGCCAUCGGUGGUAUCAGAGAUGAUUCCGCAGGGCCCCGGCGGUUAUGCGAUGAAUGCCGAGGGGCAGCCCAUCCAACACAUGGGCCAAAUCCACCCCAGCAACCCCAAUCCCAGACCUGGAGAGCCCAGAAGGUCAGUCAGAGGCGACAGACACACACUACAGAAGCAGUCCGCCACAGCAUGGGAAUGUGUGUUGUGUGUGGAUGGGUCGAUCUGUGCGCAGUGCUCAAGCGUUUCUUAAUGCGCAGCAGCAGGCUGGUGCUGGCGGCUCGGUUUUCGGGAGGGAAAGGAACAACAGGAAAACGCGAUACAGCGGUGAGCAGCCAACAGCAGCUCGCUCACCCGCCCCGCCCACCGCACACACAUCACUCCCCUGGGUCCGUGUGUGUGUGCAGGUCCGUUCAUCAAGGAGAUUCGGAAGCGUCUUGAUUCGUAUUUCGCCAUAGUGCUGCGCAACAUCCGCGACACGGUGCCCAAGACAGUGGGCUUCUUCCUCGUCAGACAAAUCCAGGCACGUGGGCUGAGGCACUACACGAACGAACAAACAGGCGAAUGGCAAUGUGUGGUUUGUGUAUGUGUGUGUGUGUGUGCAGGAGAAGCUUCAGUUUGAGCUGUACACGGAGCUCAACAAAGCCGAGAUACUCAAUGACCUCCUCGGAGAGGUACGCAGCCACCCACACAGAUAUCAUCCCAUGACUGAAGGCAUUCAUUUGACGUCUUCUUUCUCUCUCUGUGUGUGCAGCCGCCCUACAUCGUUGAGGAGCGCAAGAGCCUCACCCUGCAGAUGGAUGUCCUCAAGAAGGCGUCACAAGUCCUCCAGCGAGACCCCACGUAAGACAACCAAUCGCCUCCCCCAUACCCACACCCACACCCACCUCACCUGUCUGUUCUGCCUGUCUGUUCCCUCAGUAUCGCUGCGUUGAACUUGGAGGGAUUCGAUCACGAGUACGAGACCGAUUUCCACGAGGAGCAGCUGCGCGUUCAGGCCCAGGCCGAAGCCGCCGGCCGAGGCAAAGCCCCACACCCCUUCCACCCCGCCACACAACACGGCGGCCCCCCAGCCGCAGCAGCAGCGCCAGAGCACCACGGCGGCCCUCCCAUGAUGAACGGCCCCACUGUCCGUGGCGGGCCGCAGCCCACCCCCCCGCUUCAGGCGGGGACCAACCACACGUCACCCCCACAGCACCCCUCACCCACGCCACACCCACACCAGCAGCAGAGCCCCUCCCCCCCACCGCCCCAGCAGCAACAGCAACAGCAGCAUGUGGGCGGUGCUCCGCCCCCGCCCCCACACAGGGCGGGCUCGCAGCAGCAGCAGGCCGGUGCGCCGGGACAGAUGGCGCCACAGGGACAGCCCGGACAAGGUGAGCAAUGACGGAUGUCGUCCAUCCAUUCGAUGUGCACUUGUCGCUUUGUGUGUGUGUGUCUACUCAGACGCGCGCAGCCGUCAGGGCGCAGGGGGCCCACCGAAAGGGGGCGGGCUGUUCGGUUAGCGACAUACAUACAUACACCUGGACGGAUGGACAAACGCACAUACAUUUCUUUCUUUGUAUGUAUUUGCAGACAAUCCUCCGCCUGGGUCGAGCAAGCCCCUGUUCACACAAAACGAGCCCGAGAAGAAACGAGUGAGUGAGGGUGCAACACAUGCAGACAGACAGACAGACGGAUAGCAUGUGGCUCAUUCAUGUUGUCUGUUUGCACACACCACUUCAGGCGCACGCCAACCCUUUGGGCCUGUUCAAGACAUGAAGAGCCAUACCAGUGCAGAGCAGAGCUGCGUGUGUGUCCGUGUGUGGCUGGUGUCGGUCUGUGUGUGUGUCUGUAAGUCCUUUUCUGCCGUGUACGCUGUGCAUGUGAUGGGUGGGUGCAUGAGUGUACGUUUUGCCCGGUGCUGUGUGCCUGUCCGCACAGCUGUGCCUAUCGCAGUGAGUGUACCGUAGUCCCUCCCCUCCCCCCCCUCACCACUUCGCACACACGCAUCGCCCUUGGCCUCCCUACUGACUGACUUUUACUUUGAAGUGCCCCCCAAUCGCAACAUCCACCCACCGGACCGCCCCAUCCCAGCCACCGUGACUAGCCAGACCUAUUUGUGUAUCUGAUGCGCGUGCCUGCCUGCCUGCCUAGCGCUGCAUCUUUUUUUUUCCCCACUCAGCGUCUUCUUUUCUGCAGCUUGGGCUGGCCUUUGCUUCUGCAGCAUUGGUAGACGCCACACAGACCUGACCACCCAAUUUUGCCUCGAGGUAGAGAUAGAUUUGCUGUAUUUUUGCCCACAGAUGGGACAGAGAGAGAGAGAUGGAGCAGAGGUGUGUGUGUGUUGGGGGGUUGGUUGGCCUUCGGUUUGGAGGCACACCAAUGUGUGUGGGCUGACUGGCAGGACAGGACAGAACAUAGGACGGACAGGCAGGCAGGCAGCGAGUGCAUAAGUGAGAGGCAAAUGUGGUGUGGUGAGGUGUAGUGUGGCGUGCCUGCUCGUGGCGUCUGUUAUUACUGCUAUCAUGCACAAGGAGGUUCAACGAGGGGAGUGACAUUGCGUUGCGUCCGGCAGCCGGUCUUUCAAUCAACCGCCUGUUUUCUUUGCUG